AUGCCUUUAACAAAAGACAAGCAUAAUCAAAUUGUUGAUGGUUCUGGUCAAAAGGUUAAGUGUUAUCCAGAUGUCCCUGAAGUAUUAAAAAAGUUAAAAAAUGAUGGUUAUUUACUUGGAAUUGCUUCAAGAACAGAAUGGCCAGCAGGGGCAAGAGAGUUGCUUAAGUUAUUUGACUGGAACAAGUUUUUUACCUUUCAAGAAAUUUACCCUGGAAAAAAGACUACUCAUUUUCAAAAGAUUAAAAAAGAUUCAGGAGUCGAUUAUUCAGAAAUGUUAUUCUUUGAUGAUGAAGAUCGAAAUAUACAUGAUUUAAACGCUAUUGGUGUAAAAAGUAUAUUGGUGACAGAUGGUGUUACUCAGAAAUUAGUUGAUGAUGCCUUAAAAAAUUUUGAAAAUUCUUAGCAAUGCUUUUUUUUUUACUAAAAUAUUGAUUGUUAUUAUGUUAUUACAGUUGCAUUUUAUGUGUAAAAUUUCAUAAUUAUUUAUUUGUACAUAAAUAGAGUGGAUAUUAGUAUAUUAAAGCUAGUUUUUCAUAUA